AGUGGGGACUGUGGUGUUGUGAAAAUGGCGACGCCUCGUCGCCCCUCUCAGCAGCAGCAGCCGAGUUCCCUGCUGUCCUCCCCUCCCCGCGGGGCCUCUCUCCCCGUCACCCCGCCCGGCACUCCCCCGUCAACCACCGAAGAUGUCACCUCGCUUCCCCGCGGAGUAGCAGCCAUGGAAAGCGUCGCUGACGGUGAGGCAGCACCGACCUCUCCCACCACCACCACCACCUCCCCAGCUUCGGCCCUCACGCCCAGCAGCAGCAGCAGCAGCAGCAGCGGAGGCGGCGGCGGUGGUGGUAGUAGCAGCGCUAGCUCCCCGACCACGGCGGAGGGGAGCGAGCCCAGCCCCGGCUCCACGCCCGACUCCAGUAGCGGGAACCCGAGCAGCAGCGGCGGGGGUAACGGAGCCUUCAGGGAGCUGUUUGAAGCCUGUCGAAACGGGGACGUUUCGAGGGUGAAGAAACUCGUAGAUGUCGUUAAUGUGAACGCCAAAGACAUGGCCGGGCGCAAAUCAACACCGCUGCAUUUUGCUGCAGGUUUUGGUCGGAAAGACGUGGUGGACCACCUGCUUCAGACGGGCGCUAACGUGCACGCUCGAGACGACGGGGGUCUGAUCCCGCUCCACAAUGCCUGCUCCUUUGGUCAUUCCGAGGUGGUGUCCUUGCUUCUGUGUCAAGGCGCUGACCCAAACGCUCGAGACAACUGGAACUACACGCCGCUGCACGAAGCUGCUAUCAAGGGCAAGAUUGACGUCUGCAUAGUGUUACUGCAGCACGGAGCUGACCCCAACAUCCGCAACACGGAUGGAAAGUCCGCCCUGGAUCUGGCUGAACCGUCUGCCAAGGCUGUGCUCACAGGUGAAUACAAGAAAGAUGAGCUGCUGGAGGCGGCGAGGAGUGGAAACGAGGAGAAGCUAAUGGCCCUGCUUACACCGCUCAACGUCAACUGCCAUGCGAGCGAUGGCCGCAAGUCCACUCCGCUCCACCUGGCAGCCGGAUACAAUCGGGUCAGAAUAGUUCAGCUGUUGCUACAGCACGGAGCCGAUGUUCACGCCAAGGACAAGGGUGGUCUGGUGCCUCUACAUAACGCCUGCUCUUAUGGACACUAUGAAGUUACUGAGUUGCUGCUAAAGCACGGAGCWUGUGUGAAUGCCAUGGACCUGUGGCAGUUCACCCCUCUGCACGAAGCGGCGUCUAAAAACCGAGUGGAGGUUUGCUCUCUGCUGCUGAGCCACGGCGCCGACCCCACCCUGCUCAACUGCCACAGCAAAAGCUCCGUGGACAUGGCGCCCACUCCUGAGCUGAAAGAGAGACUCACAUAUGAGUUCAAAGGCCACUCGUUGCUUCAAGCAGCUCGAGAAGCCGACAUGGCCAAAGCUAAGAAGACUCUGGCUCUGGAGGUCAUCAAUUUCAAACACCCGCACACACAUGAAACCGCACUGCACUGCGCAGUGGCGUCGCCUCACCCCAAGAGGAAACAGGUCACAGAGCUGCUGUUAAGGAAAGGUGCCAAUGUCAACGAGAAGAAUAAGGAUUUCAUGACUCCUCUACAUGUGGCAGCAGAACGAGCUCAUAAUGACAUCAUGGAGGUACUACAGAAACAUGGAGCAAAGGUGAACGCCCUCGACACGCUGGGUCAAACGGCGCUGCACCGUGCGGCACUGGCGGGCCACCUUCAGACCUGCAGGCUGUUGCUGGGCUACGGGGCAGAUGCCUCGCUGGUGUCACUGCAGGGUUUCACGGCUGCUCAAAUGGGAAACGAGGCUGUUCAGCAAAUACUCAACGAGAACGUCCCAGUGAGAAACUCAGACGUGGACUACAGACUUCUGGAAGCUGCUAAAGCUGGAGACCUGGACACUGUCAAGUCUUUAUGCACUGCUCAGAAUGUGAACUGCAGAGAUCUGGAGGGACGACACUCCACUCCGCUUCACUUUGCUGCUGGUUACAACAGAGUGUCAGUGGUGGAGUACCUGCUGCACCACGGCGCUGACGUACACGCCAAGGACAAAGGCGGUCUGGUUCCUCUUCAUAACGCCUGUUCGUACGGUCACUACGAGGUGGCCGAGCUCUUGGUCAGACACGGGGCGUCCGUCAAUGUGGCCGACCUGUGGAAGUUCACACCGCUUCAUGAAGCUGCCGCAAAGGGGAAAUAUGAGAUCUGCAAGCUGCUGCUGAAGCACGGCGCAGACCCAACCAAGAAGAACCGAGACGGGAARACGCCCCUGGACCUGGUGAAGGACGGGGACACGGACAUCCAGGACCUGCUGAGAGGAGACGCUGCUCUGCUGGACGCCGCUAAGAAAGGCUGCCUGGCCAGGGUGCAGAAGCUGUGCAGCCCCGACAACAUAAACUGCCGGGACACCCAGGGACGCAACUCCACUCCGCUGCACCUCGCAGCUGGAUAUAAUAACUUGGAGGUGGCAGAAUAUUUGCUGGAACAUGGAGCCGAUGUGAAUGCUCAGGACAAAGGAGGCUUGAUUCCUUUACACAAUGCGGCUUCAUACGGGCAUGUGGACAUAGCCGCCCUGCUGAUCAAGUACAACACGUGCGUCAACGCCACAGAUAAGUGGGCUUUUACUCCGCUCCACGAAGCGGCGCAGAAGGGACGAACUCAGCUCUGUGCUCUGCUGCUGGCCCAUGGAGCCGAUCCCACCAUGAAGAACCAGGAAGGACAGACGCCGCUGGAUUUGGCAACGGCUGAUGACAUCAGAGCGCUGCUGAUUGACGCCAUGCCACCAGACGCCCUGCCAAGCUGUUUGAAGCCACAGGCCACUGUGGUGAGUGCAAACGUGGUGAGUACGGGUGCAUCGGGGGGCGUCGUCAUCUCGCCCACUCCGUCUCCGUCCUGCCUAUCAGCAGCCAGCAGCAUAGACAACCUGAACACUAUCCUCAAUGACAUCGCAGUGGGCGGAGCCUCUGGCACAGCCGACGGAGCAACUGGGUCUGACAGGAAGGAGGGUGAAACUCUGCUUGACAUGACCAUAAACCAGUUCUUAAAGAGUGUGGGGCUGAAACACCUGCAGGAUAUCUUCCAGCGAGAACAGAUUUCACUGGAUGUACUCGCAGACAUGGGUCACGAGGAGCUGAAGGAGAUCGGAAUAAAUGCCUACGGUCACAGGCACAAACUCAUUAAGGGAAUUGAGAGGCUCCUUGGAGGCCAGCAGGGUGGAAACCCAUACCUGACGUUCCACUGCUCCAGUCAGGGCACCGUGCUGAUCGACUUGGCACCAGAUGACAAAGAGUUCCAGUCCGUGGAGGAGGAACUGCAGAGCACGAUCAGAGAGCACCGCGACGGAGGCAACGCAGGCGGAGUCUUCAGCCGGUACAACAUCAUUAAGAUUCAGAAAGUGGUGAAUAAGAAGCUCAGAGAGAGAUACUCGCACAGGCAGAAGGAAAUCGCAGAUGAGAAUCACAACCACCACAACGAGCGCAUGCUCUUUCACGGUUCUCCCUUCAUCAACGCAAUCAUCCAUAAGGGCUUCGACGAGCGUCACGCAUACAUUGGUGGCAUGUUCGGAGCGGGGAUCUACUUUGCAGAGAACUCCUCCAAAAGUAACCAGUACGUUUAUGGGAUCGGUGGAGGAACGGGAUGCCCCACCCACAAAGACCGCUCCUGCUACGUGUGUCACAGACAGAUGCUGUUCUGUCGGGUGACUCUGGGGAAGUCCUUUCUUCAGUUUAGUGCAAUGAAAAUGGCCCACGCCCCCCCGGGUCACCACUCAGUUAUAGGACGGCCCAGUGUCAACGGCCUGGCGUACGCAGAGUACGUCAUCUACAGAGGAGAGCAGGCAUACCCAGAGUACCUGAUCACCUACCAGAUCGUGAAGCCAGAGAGUCAGGCUGCACCUGCUGCCCCUGCGGAGCAGAAAUCCUAAAAUCCAGUCUUAGCUGGAUCUGAAGAGGGCCAUGAUGAACACAAAGCUAAAUUCUUCUAGAAUUGGAGGUUGAAGCAUUUCAAAUGUCAGACCUGAAGCCAGAAGUGAGGUGAAGAAGUGACAGAAAACAGAUGAAGAGGUUCAGUCUAAAACAGCAUAAAUCCAUCCUUGUUUAGUCUAAAUUCGAGGAGAAAAUAAAAGCUGUUUAGUUCUUCUGGAUGUCAGUCAGGAAGGUAUUUUGUAGCUCCAUCUAAAAUAAAAAUAAACACAAAAAGCUGUUUUUACAGAAGCCAAACAAACAUCUCUGUUUUGGCACCUAAUGUAUCCUACAACCUGAUUUUAAUGGCUUGUUUUGACAUCAUGUCCUCUUUUGCCUUAUUUGCAUCAUCCGCAUCAACAAAAAUAACAACAACCCUCUCCACCCGGCACCGACUGACAUUCCGAGAGAAGAGAAACCCGGAGCGUUUAAUGUUUCUGCUCAGCGAGGCCGAUGUAAAAACAGGACAGGAUGAGAGAGCGUGGCAUGAAUAAGAGAUUAUUGUGCAUAAAUAAGAGGCAGGACGAGACCACGGUGCAGUGCUGCAAGCACCGACUGCAGGCUUCCAACUGCAGCCCAUAAAGGGACCAGCUUUAUUCUGCAGCAGCAAAGCAGGCCUGAUCUGCUCAGCUUCACUGCUGGCAGAAACCAUUUAAGCUCUGGUUUAGACACGUUAACCCACUCCUGGUGCCUCUCCUCUGUUUCUCAUSUACGCUCACACUUGAUGGUUUUCGUUCAGUUUUGAAUUUUAAAGCUAAAAAGUUGGUGUGUUUGUUUACAUGAACCUGCUGCCUUGUUGUCCCUGUCCUCUGGUGCCCUCUGGUGGCGCAGCAGAGUAACUGCAGAGAGGUUGAAGGGGGACAUUAACUUUUAAAACUUGGGCAUUUUUCAAUUAAUUUUUAUUUUUUAUUUGCCUGUCAGCUCAUUAUGUUGUGUUUUUUUUAAACAGUUGUCUUUAUGUGUUUACACUCCUCAUAUAUUAAGCAAAUAUAAUUAGCGAAGCCAAGUCACUGUAUGUGUGCAGAAGUAUUUAUUUAUCUGAGGAAGCCACAGGAUGACUGAGGUUUUAGAUGAAGGUCAGAUAAUUCUCUGUUACGCUUUUAUCUGUUUAAUGUUGUUUUUUUUUAGUAAUGACACUGUACGUUACUUGGGACCACACAACUUUAGUUGUUUCUCCGUUGAUUUCCAACAUAAGGUGAAAAUACAUACAGCUGGCAGUAUUUCUUUUUCUUUUUUUAAUUUUUACACUUAAAGUACUUGAAAAGCAAAAUAUCUGAAUUAAAAAAAAUGAGAAGAGACGACAGCUGUAUGAGUAACACUUCUUAAUUUAACUUUAAACAAAUGGCUGAAGAGAUGCUCCUGCUUUGAUAUGUUAUUAGUUUUUCUUCAAACCACCAUGUUUAUUUCUGUUUUUCCCACCACAUUUCUGAACAGUGGAGUGGUUGGCCUUCAUGACCAAAAAAAUUAACAUUUAUAGCAGCAUAAAUAUCUGACUCUUUUUGCUCUUGUGUGAAUUUAAAACAUUGACUUCAUUAAGAUUAGCAGCACUUUGUUUUAAAUUUGAAUAUAAAAAUAACUGAACGGGAUCUUUUAUGGAGGAUAUUUGUUGCUUUUUCUCCCCUGGAACAAUUAUUAUUAUUAUUAUUUUAUCAGUAACUAUUUCACCUGCAGUUUAAUUCUCUGUCUCCAGGACCAGUCAAACAUUAUGUUGUAGAUAAACUUGAGGGUGCGUAUGUGUGUGUGUGUGUGUGUGCGUGUGUGUGUGUGUGCGUGUGUGCGUGUGUGAUCAGUCCAUGCUCACUUUCUGAGCUGCCUGCUGCUGGAAGCAGUCAGAUAAAUGAACACAUUUCCUCGUUUCUUCCCGUUGGCCUCCUGUUGUACAGUUGCUUGUACAGAACUAACACGUGGAAUACACAAACUCCUGUACAGGGAAAAAAAAUUCCUUAAUAAAAAUAUUUUAAACUCA